AUACACAGAAAAUAUGACUUCAUUUCAAAUUUCGGCACCGGGUAGGAUUAUCUUAUGUGGAGAGCAUACAGUGAUGUAUGGAAAACAAGUUGUGGCGGCCAGCUUAAAUCUUCGUACCAUGCUCAAUUUCUACGAACUACCUCUAGAGCCAGGAAUCGUUAGGAUAGACUUCCCUGAUGUCGGUAUAAACCGGUUAGACAUACCUUUACAAAUGAUUACAAACUUUAUUUCCAACGAGAAUUAUUAUUUGGUGCUUGAUGAUGACAUCAUCUUUCUUAGACACGUGCAAUAUUUUAUCACUUUAAACGGUUUAUGGAGCACAUAUGAGCAGAGAUUUAGCUUACAAACUUUCUUUUUCCUCCUAUUGGUUAUCGCCAAGAAUGAGGAACUCGUUAUAAAAUCUUUUCACGUGCGUUUGACCACGCAAUUAACAAUCAGUGCUGGUCUUGGCAGUUCAACAUCGUUCGCGACAUGUCUCGCCGCGUGCUUUUUACAUUGGUCGUGUCUACAGAAAGGUGACCACAGUGAAUUUACUUCGGAAGAAUUGAUACGAAUUUCGACAUACGUGAUGUCCUCUGAGGAAGUUAUACAGAAUUAUGUGUUCAAUCAGGAUCACAUGGUAUGCACACACGGUCGUGUAACAACGUUUCAAUUUAGAGAACCGCUAAACACUCAGAGUGAAAUCAUAAAUACGCCAGAAAUGUAUAUUAUGCUGGUUGAUGCAAAAAUUUGCCUAAAUAAGAGUCAACGGAUGAAACAAUUGGCCUACAUGAAAUGUAGGUAUGGUAACGCCGCCGAUGUCCUUUUAGACAAGAUUGAUGUCAUAUCGCAAGAGAUUGUUACAAUACUCCGUAUAAUCAGGGAUCAGGGAACAAACAUGGAUUUACAAUUAUUAGAAGGAUUAUAUGAAAAUCUACAGACUAACCUUUCCUUGAAUCAAGAUUUUCUAUUGAAUUUGGAUUUGUCGCAUCCAAAUUUUGAUACUAUUUGUUUAAUUGCGAAAACUUGUGGAUUCAAGGGGAAACUUACAGGAGAUGGAUCUAGUAAGGUAAUAAUUCUAUUACCGCCGAAUUAUCAUGCAUCAGAAGAACACCGCAGUAAAGUAAAUAAUCUAACGAGGUGCUUGGCGGAAAAAGGUUUUUCUGGCGAAAUUAUUACAAUAUCUUGCACGGGAGUGCGACUUGAUACAGACUGGAGGAAUUUUAUGGACUGAAAUUUUAUAUAUAUGUAUAUAUGCAUGUAAAAAAAUUAAUGAACAGAGCAUUAUCCUUUUCUGGACUUUCAUUCUUGAGAUGUAAUCGAGAUGAAACAUUUUACUUAUUAUUAAUCGAAUUAAGCUUUACGCAACCUAAAAAUAACAAGGGCGAUGCUGUUUAUCGUCUGCAAUAAA